UCUCUAGUUCGUUCGUUGGCGUUGAUUACGUUGUGACGACUGAUGAUAUUUCUGUGUGCUAAAAGUGUGUAUAAAAGUGGCUUUAUAGUGCUGUGCUUGAUCUAGUUAUACCUUAGAAAAACAUUAUUUGGUUUAGGAUGAAAUAAAUGCUUGAGAUGUCAGGUGAUCCAAAUCUAAUUCCAACAACAUAUAUUCCAACCACGUCCACUGGGAAUGUUGGAUACAUGGUGAUGUCCUAUCCAGGCCGCCCACCCAUGGUUCCAGGGAUCCCUAUGGGCCCUGGCAUGGGGAUGCCGUACAUGCCAUUGGGAGGUCCGCCUCCAAUGAUACCCACUGUGAUGCCGAUGGCUCAUCCUCAUAUGAUGGCCGGCCCUCCGAUGGCAGCUAUGCCUAUGAGGCCGUACCGUCCACACAAUGCACAGCAGAGGCCGCAGAACCGACCUCGGCCACAAAACAUGGUGCCACAGGUAGUGUCAGGCCCCACAGUCACAGUGUUUGUGGGAAACAUCACAGACAAAGCUCCUGACCAGAUGAUACGCCACAUACUGGCUGCGUGUGGCACCGUGCUGUCGUGGAAACGUGUCCAAGCAUUUGGUUUUUGCGAGUACGGAAAUCCAGAUGCAGGACUACGUGCCAUCAGAAUCCUUCAUGAAAUGGAAAUUGGAAACAAGAAACUUGUUGCAAAAGUUGAUGCCAAAACACAAUCCGUCCUAGAUGAAUAUAAAGCUGAAAAAAGGAAAAAGAUCAGAGGUCGUUCACCCUUGCAAGAUGAGCCUGAGGAGCCAGAUGACUACAUUGACGAGGAGAUGAGGAAGACUGACGAAGCAGCUCAGGAGCGCAUCAGGACCAUCCUGGAGGACUACGCGCAGGAUAUGAAGAACUAUUCUGCCACCAAUGACACUGACAAGCGGAGGACGAUGUCUGACAGGCUGACGUUGCUGACUCAAGCGUCUGAGGCCAGCGUGCGGGACACUGACGGGCCGAUUGACCUCGACGAUGCCAACAUAGAAGAAGGUAAACGAGAUCUGAUUACCAGGGAGAUAGGAAAAUUCAGAGAAAUCAUGAAGAAACAGGAGGAGGAGAAAGAGGUGGAACGCCGACGGAGGGAAGAGAAGGAGAGAGAACGCAGGGAAAAUGAGAGUCCGGUGAGCAACGGACGAGGUCGGUCGCGCGGUCGAAGUCACGCCAGCAGUCGAGUGUCACGCAGCUCCAGCCGUAGCGUGACUCCUGACAGGCGAAGUCACAGUCACCACAAGGCUAGCAGGCACAGGACUCGCUCUAGGUCUCGAGAUAGGGAGAGGGAAAGAGAAAGAGAACGAGAGAGGGAACGUGACAGAGAUCGUGAUAAGGAUCGUGACAGAGACAGGGACCGGGAGCCUAGAGAUAGGGAUAGGGAUAGGGAAGAGAAGAAAUCGGAAAAGGACAUGCUGCGAGAAAAAGAGGAGGAAGAAGAGGCAAAAGAGAGGCGGAAACAGGAACGGAAGGCUAGAGAAAAAGAGGCUGCAUAUCAGGAACGAUUAAGAACUUGGGAAAGCCGUGAAAGGCAUAAAGCCAAAGAGUUGGCUAAAGAAAGAGAAAAGAAGAGAUUAAAAGAUGAAGAGAGGGAAAGGGAAGCCAAAAGGUUGAAAGAGUUCUUAGAGGACUAUGACGAUGAAAGAGACGAUAUUAAAUAUUACAAGGGUCGGGAAUUGGCUAAACGUUUGGAAGAAAGAGAAAAGGAAAUGGAAAUAGAUGCCAGGGAUAGACAAAAAGAAAAGGAAGAGUUGGAGGAAUUAAGAGUGAAAAUAUUCUCUAACCCAGAAAUUCUUGACCCCAAUGUUGAAUUUGCAAAGGCGCUGCAAGAGCGGGAAGAGAUGUACAAGCCGAAGCUGGUGAUAAACGUGAAUGCGGAGCAUGCAAAGCAACGAGAGAAAGAAAGAGAAAAGGAAAGAGAGAAAGAGCGGGAAAGGGAGCGGGAACGGGAGAUGGAAAGAGAGAGGGAGAGAGAGGAAGCAGAGUUGGCAGAGUUGAGACGCAAAGCUCUGGCAGUGGCAGAAGCUCAACAAGAAGCGGAGAGAGCACUACUGAGGGAGGUGGAGCCACCGGCCUCCCCUCCACCUCAUGUCAACUCUACACCUCCGCCACAGCCUGUGCCCGAGCCUAAACCUGUUGCUAAACCGUGGAGUUCACCACCAAUUCCUGAAAAGGAAAAGGACAAGAAGAAGAAGAAAUUGGAUGUAAAAGAGGUUUUCAACAAUGAUGAUGAAGAUGAUUCCAACGCCGGCGUUAAGAAAAGAAAAUUAGUUCCUUUAGACUACGGAGAUGAAAAGAAGAAAGGAAAAGAUGAUAAGAAAGAUGAGAAUAGUGGAAAGUCACAAGAAGAAAAGAGGAAACACAUCAAAACUCUGAUUGACAAGAUUCCUACAGACAAGAAUGCUUUGUUCGCUUUCCAGCUGGACUGGGCUGCUGUUGACAAUCAACUGAUGGAGAGGAGGAUCCGACCUUGGAUCAACAAGAAGAUCAUAGAGUACAUUGGAGAGCCAGAGCCUACAUUGGUAGACUUCAUAUGCUCCAAGGUAUUGGCAGGGAGCGCACCUCAGGGUAUACUGGAUGAUGUGCAGAUGGUUUUGGAUGAAGAAGCUGAGGUUUUUGUCGUCAAGAUGUGGAGAUUAUUAAUCUAUGAAAUAGAAGCAAAAAAACUAGGUCUAGUUAAAUGAUGAUAGCUGAAAUCCCUGUGAUCUGUUAGUUUUGUAAAUUCUUGUACAUAUUUUUAAUUUUUAUAUAUUGUCAAACUCAUUGUGGUUAUCAAUUGUAAACAUAUUGUAUUAUAUAUUGCUACAAGUGUAUCUUAUAGUUUUGCUUGCUGCAUCAUUUUAGCCAGAUUACUUAUUAAUUGCUGAAGUUGUAACUUAUUCUUUAGUGAGAUGUGUGUGUGUACAGAACUAGGAAUUAAAUUACUUUUGUAUAA